AUGGGAAGAUUUGGUGCCAGUUAUUAUCCCUUUCAAAUGAUGGGAAACCCAUCAGGAGAUGAUGACAGUGGCAUCAGCAGUUCCAAGGCCAAGAAGAAGAAGGUUGUCAUUGUUGGGGCAGGUAUUGGAGGACUUGCUACUGCCGCCCGAAUCAAAGCGUCGACUUUUCUUAAUGAUUGUGAGGUUACCAUUGUGGAAAAGAAUGCCGAGAUUGGAGGCCGUUGUGGGUCAUUUUCACAUACUUUGGAAGGAAUUGGCACCUUUCGACACGAAAAGGGUCCCAGUUUGCUCUUGCUUCCAGAUAUCUAUCAUGAAAUCUUUAAAUAUUGUUCCAAGAGUGGCGAUAAAGUAGCCAACGACUAUGGCCUGAAAAUGGCACAGUGCGUUCCCGCAUACCAAGUAGUCUUUGAGGAUGGUAGCAAGCUUAAUGUUGGAUUUCCACGGCAACCAGGCAGUGAGAUGACUUUGGAGGAACUCGAGUCACGAAGGAUCAUGGAUUCCUUUGAACAAGGUGGAUCGAUGAAAUGGGAUGACUACAUGAGGGCGACGAGCGCCUUUUUGGAUUGUGGCCUGCCCAACUUUAUCGAACAACGGUUUGAUCUUGCAUCCUUUCCCAGUUUCAUUCAAGAAGCCUUGCGAGAUUUUGGCAAAGCAUGGCCAUUGAAACCACACUCGGAGGUUUUAGAUGCCAUCUUUGAGUCGGAAAAGUUAAAGGCGCUGGCAUCUUUUCAAGACUUGUAUGUUGGCUUGGAACCAUAUCGAAACAGCGCCAAAGUUGGAGGUGGUGUAUUCCAAUCGACUGCUCCGGCAGUAUUCGGCUUGCUAGCUGCCAUUGAGUUGCACCCUAGCAACAGAAAAUCUGGAGUCUUUGCACCAGUAGGCGGUUUUCGCACGGUUUCACAAGCCUUGGGAGAAUUGGGCAAAGAGUUGGGUACAACGGUGAAACUAGAUACAAUGGUCACAUCGAUUGAAGAAGAUGGUGUCUACAUCCAGCACAAUGAUGAUAAGGAUGGUGUGGAAUUUCUUCCAGCCGAUUUGAUUGUGUGCAAUGCGGACCUUCCAUAUGCCACCAAGAGUCUAUUGGAUCGACCCAAGAGUGCCUCCAUGAAAACUGGUAUUUUUGAUUGGGACCAUCAAUUUUCUUUUAGCAGUGGUGUCAUUGCCUUUCAUUGGUGUACCAAUCGUCGCUGUGACGAUUUGAACACUCACAAUGUAUUCCUAAUUGCUGGAUCCAGGCCUCAAGCAGAACUCAGCUGGAAGACUCUCCGCACGAAUGAUAAUGAAGAUGUCGACGAAACCACACCCUUCAACUUUUAUGUUCAUCGAGCGAGUGAUACCGAUCCUUCUGCUGCACCUGAUGGAUACGAUUCCAUCAUGGUCUUGGUACCCUGUCGGACGUUGUUGCGAGAUGCAGAUUGUGCCAAAUUACCGCGAGACGAAGCAAUGCAAAAGUACCAGGAACAGUUCUCGGAAGAAGUGAUCGCCAAAGCACGAAAGGCUGUCUUUCAGAGAUUAUCAGUAUUUGAAUCUCUAAAGGAUUUGGAACAAGACAUUUUAGACGAAGUGGUGGAUACUCCGGCUACCUGGGCGGAUCAGUUUCACGUAGGCGCCGGAACUCCUUUUGCAUUAAGCCAUGGAUUUGCCCAGUUGAGUUUGACGAGACCAGGAGCUGGCUACUCCAAAGACAACAAGUCACCGAAUCUACUGUAUUGUGGUGCUAGUAGUCGACCUGGAAAUGGAGUUCCAUUGGUAUUGAUUGGUGCCAAACAAGUGGCGGAGAAAGCCAUUGCAAAGCUUGCGCAAGAUGAAGAUAGAUGA